AUGGCAUCGGACUUCAUCUUCUUCAUUCAGUCUGGUUCUCCUCUUCUCUCUAGCUCACCCCGUGCUUCUUCUUUCCCAAGCCACCCUGGCCUUUCACAUAACACGAAUUUGAUAACUCUCUCCUUGCUUCUAAACAGGAAAAAUGGUCGGGUUCUCGAUGCAGCCCUCUCCACCAUCACCCGCACUUCCCUUGGUCCCAACGGUAUGAAUAAGAUGGUCAUCAAUCAUUUGGAUAAGCUCUUUAUCACAAAUGAUGCUGCCACAAUUGUGAAUGAGCUCGAAGUGCAGCAUCCUGCGGCUAAACUUUUAGUUUUUGCUGGGAAAGCUCAGCAAGAGGAAAUUGGAGAUGGUGCUAACUUGACCAUUUCAUUUGCUGGUGAACUUCUCCAAAAUGCUGAGGAGCUAAUCAGGAUGGGUCUUCAUCCCAGUGAGAUUAUUUCUGGGUACACAAAAGCAAUAAAUAAGGCAGUUGAGAUAUUAGAGGACCUAGUGGAGAAAGGAUCUGAAAAUAUGAAUGUAAGAAACAAAGAUGAAGUCAUUUUACGAAUGAGAGCCGCGGUUGCUAGCAAACAGUUUGGACAGGAGGAUAGAUUGUGCUCCCUCAUUGCUGAGGCUUGUAUUCAAGUUUGUCCCAAGAACCCAGCAAACUUCAAUGUGGAUAAUGUUCGAGUUGCAAAGCUAUUGGGUGGAGGUCUGCAUGAUUCUACAGUAGUUAGGGGCAUGGUACUGAAGAAUGACGCUAUUGGGACUAUAAAGAGAAUGGAAAAGGCCAAGGUUGCUGUGUUUGUUGGGGGUGUUGAUACAUCUGCAACUGAAACAAAAGGAACUGUUCUUAUUCAUAAUGCUGAACAGCUUGAGAAUUAUGCUAAGACUGAAGAAGCAAAAGUUGAGGAGCUUAUCAAGGCAGUUGCUGAGUCAGGUGCUAAAGUCAUUGUUAGUGGAGCUGCUGUUGGGGAGAUGGCAUUGCAUUUUUGUGAGCGUUACAAGCUUAUGGUGAUAAAAAUCAGCUCGAAAUUCGAACUGCGGCGGUUUUGCCGCACCACUGGCGCUGUUGCUCUUUUAAAGCUCAGUCAACCCAACUCAGAUGACCUCGGAUAUGUUGAUUCUAUUUUGGUGGAGGAAAUAGGCGGGAUUAGGGUUACAAUUGUAAAAAAUGAACAAGGUGGAAAUUCUGUUUCCACUAUUGUUCUGCGAGGAAGCACUGACAGUAUACUGGAUGAUCUUGAAAGGGCAGUAGAUGAUGGCGUGAAUACAUACAAGGCUAUGUGCAGGGACAGUAGGACAAUACCUGGGGCUGCGGCUACUGAAAUUGAAUUAGCCAGAAGGCUCAAGGAAUUUUCUUUCAAAGAGACUGGACUAGAUCAGUAUGCAAUUGCUAAAUUUGGUGAAAGUUUUGAAAUGGUACCUAAAACCUUGGCUGAGAAUGCCGGGCUUAAUGCAAUGGAGAUCAUAUCAUCUUUAUAUGCUGAAAAUGCAUCUGGAAACACCAAAGUGGGCAUCGAUUUGGAGGAAGGUGUAUGCAAGGAUGUGUCUAAAAUGAAUGUAUGGGAUCUCUACAUAACCAAGUAUUUUGCUCUCAAGUACGCAACUCAUGCGGCCAGUACUGUGCUACGAGUAGACCAGAUUAUAAUGGCAAAACCCGCUGGUGGUCCAAGGAGAGAUCCACCAGCUGGUGCAGGGAUGGAUGAGGAUUAA